AGCAGCAGUGUAAUAUGGUCAGUGGAAUCGAAGCGCACACAUAUACACAGCAUAAACGGUAGCACCAGAAGAGUUGCCGACUCACAAAAUCGUGAUGUUUUUCACUUUAUCGUAUUCAAAUGCGUCUAACUGUAACAAUAUAAGAGAGAGAGAACAACAUUGAUUGUGUAAGUGGGAUUUUAGCCGACGACACACAGCACCACGAUUAUAUCGUAUGACACACACAGUGCUUUGGACGAGAGCUCAUCAUACGACUUGUAUUUCAUACAUGCGGUCAAUCGACAGAGAAAAAUUUUUGCAAUAUUUUCUGCUGUGUUUCGUGAUUGUUUGGCCAAGCAUAUCAAAACAAUGGACGAAUCGGUAAAACUAAUAAGAUCGUUGUUGAAUCUACACGGCGGUUUGUUGAUUCAUGAAAUUAACAACGAGUACAUGAAAGAUGUUGGCAAGCCGGUGCCGUUCAAUAGUUUUGGCUUCAAUACAUUAGAAGAGUUUCUGAAGUCCACUGGCCAAUUUACAGCAACAAGAUCAGCAGCAGGACUCAAAGUUACUGCAAAAUUGACUCACCAAUCGGCACACAUCGUUAAAUUGUGCCAAGAGCAAAAUAUGAGCGUAAGUGAACGCAAACGAAGAAGAAAGAAGACAAUCGCAAGAACGAAUGCAAGUUUGGCACGUCCCAAUGUGAGAAGUGCCGCAACAAUGUCAAAGUCACGACCAAUGGUAGCUACGCUACUUCUUCCAUCAAAUCGAAUAAUUCGACCAGGUAACAGCAUAAAACGUGUUCCAGGCAUGUCAAAUUCAAACCCAAGACCAGCUCUAGUUCAAAUUUCAAGCAAUCGGCCAUCAAAUGCAUCGCAACAAGCACAAAAUAUACAGAACUCGCAUUCAACACAAAACGUGAAACAAAUACCAACGGUAGCUGUCAAAUUGCCGCCAACAAAUGUACCACCACAGCCAAACGGGAUGGUGUUAACCAAAAACCUGACGCCAAUGAAAAAUCCAGAAAAAUCAAAACUCAAUUUCGCUGAAAUUGUACGACCACCACAGUCAACAAACGGGAUAGUGUCAACCAAAAAACUGGCACCAAUGAAAAAGCCAGAAAAGCCAAAACUCGAUUUACACGCACGAUUGGCCCCAAAAAAGAUUAAUUCCGAAUCACCACCUGAAAGUUCAACAUCAAUGGUGUUAUCGGAACCGGCUAAACGACACCUCACGCUCGACUUGCAUACAAAUAUUGAAUCAACAACACCGAUGCCGUCACCUUCCCAUACACCUACGACAACACCACCGGCCAAACGUGUUAAUUUGCGUGCGCGUUCAGCAAUGAAGCAGGCACAAUCUUCUGAAUCAGACGAAUCGACACCAUCACCGACAGUUCCUUCAAAUCGAUCGACGCUGUUUCGAUUGUUUGAAAAUGUUCGACAGGAGAGGAAAUCAAUGGAAAGUGCCCCGAAGUCAAAUGCACGUUCAGUUACAUUCGCGAUACCAACAUCGGAAAUUAUUGAACAGGAACAUAAGCCCGAUUUGUAUUCGCGUUUUGUACCAAAACAACCGGAAGAUGAACCAACAACACCAGUUUCUCAGACACGGCCUAUGUCACCUUCGCACACGCCAUUUAUGACCACACCGCCGAUUGAAUUACAGCACGCCGUUUCACCUACUCUCAAUGACAAACCGAAGUUGAACACACGAUUUAUCACAUUUAAACCACCACCUGUUGCCAGAAGUUCGGAUUCAAACGGCAACAAUGAGGCAAAAGGAAACAUUUAUGCACGUCUUCCGGCAAAACAGAUCAACUAUACCUCAGAAUUGGAUCAAAUGAGCAAACAGCUAAAUGCUGUCUCUUUGAUGGACGUAGACCAAUCUGCUGACGACUGUACCGACUCUCAAGCGAAGGGAAUACAAGCUAACGGUGUUACACCGGUUAAGAAACUGGAUCUGGAUGUACGUCUUCAGAAAAUCGCACCAAAGCAAUUGCAAAUGGAUUGGGACGAAUUGGCAUGGACGCGUUCAGUCAACCGAUGUGGUAAUGAUGUUCGUGUGACAGUUAAUUUUUGAAGUAUCAAAUUUCGGAACAUUCCAUAGCAACAAUUGAAUGCAUACACACACAUUUUUAAAGAAUCGCAACUAAAUCUAUUUUUUACGAAACAGUUUAAUUUUACCAAAAAAGGCAUCUCUCUCUCUCUCUAAAACAUACAUAUUGAAAGUAAAAAAAGAUCAAUUAAAUUAAAAUUUUUAUAAUAAACAUUUAUUGAACACAAAA